AUGUCAGCUUUGCCCGUGGAUUUCGAGCACUCUGUGGAACCGCGUUCGUACUUCGUUGACCAAGUCACUGGCGAAAGAUACAAGAAGAAUGAUACUCUCGGAAAGGGUGGAUUCGGUGUGGUAUACAGGGUUGUUAAUAAUGAUGGGAAGGCGUACGCGCUGAGGACAUUCAAGAACGGUGUCUCUGGAAGAAACUUCCAGCGCGAGAUCAACAUGUUUGACGCCGCAGGAAAACAUGACAACAUCGUCAAGUAUUUCGGGCUUGUCAACGACCCAAGCGGAAAGUUUCCACUUUUUGAACUCUGUCGCCCGCUGGAUCUUUUCGAUCUUAUCCGCAACCGAGGCCACCUCACCUAUCCGGAGGUCAGUUACUUUGGAUUGGGGAUCGCCGCAGGAAUCGCGCACUUGCACGAGAAAACGGUUAUCCACUGCGAUCUCAAACCUGAGAACGUUCUUAUUACCUCUGAUAUGCAGGUCCGAGUUGGCGACUUGGGAUUGGCGGAGCGGCACGACCUGAGCCGCAGGGUCAAGGGGUGCGUCAGAACCAACAAUUUCAUUGCUCCAGAGGUGGUGAACGGGAUGCCCCAUACAUACAAGAUGGAUGUUUUCAGCUUCGGAUGCAUCGUGUACAUGAUGCUCUUGGGGUUCCGGCCGUUCAUCACGACACUAUCUCAUGUCUUCCCCAACCAGUUGGAGAACGUCCUGCUUGAGAAUGGGGCCAGUAAGGAUCCUACCAAGAGGCUUAUCCCUGAUUCACAGGCCUUGCUCAGGAAACUAUUGCGUCUUGAUCCUCGUGAACGGCCGACCGAGAACAAGAGGAAGGACGCCCCCGCUCAGGAAGAGGAAGAAAUCAGAGAGGUCCAGAGCGCCAAGUAUGAGUACGACGACUUGGAAGAUCCUUACGUCGACUUUGACCUUUGA